AUGUUUGACAUAACAAAUGCAAACGUUGGUGAAACAAGAAGAAGAGACGACACACUGAAACAACAGAGAAGAGAGAUGUUUAAAAGUGCUAUAGAACAAGUUCGCAAAGCUAACGAUGUCAUUCGUUCCAUUGACGACAAACCAAAAGAAGGUGAGAGAUGGUUAAAGAAAGAUGAAGAGAAUAGGAAGAGAAAUGUGAAGUCAGGCAAUAGACUCAUUGACUUUAACAUCGAAGCUUUAGAUGAACCAAACAGAGAAUAUUUACACAAACAUUUCGGUAAGGUUUUCAUGAGACUCUUAGAGAAAAUUAAAAUAAACUCGCAACAAAGAUGGAUGGUAUGUUAUAAACUUGGUGGAAAGUAUGAAUGUUCUACGUUAAACCUCAAUAAUAUUGGAACAUUACUACAUCAGCUCUUGAAGGAGAACUUUAUAUCAGAGAUAGAAGCAAAUGCUGCAGGUAUUGUUGAAAUGCACUAUGACUUCUUCUUGACAAACAUAAAGAAUCUUACUGAAAUAAAGAUGUAUGAUUUAACAGAAUAUGAAGGCUUAACGAUGUCAGAUGUAAAGAAAGGCAAACCAAAAAAGAGACCAUAUAGAGAUGAAAGCACACUGACAAAUGACCAGAAAGCCAUUUUGGAAGCUCUUAAGCAAACAGGAAACCCAGCACUUAUAGAAAGCUUUUGGAAAGAUAAUGGUGAAAAGAAGUUUUAUAAGAAGAGAAGCGGUCAGUUAUGGAAGUAUCUUUGCACAUUACCUAUAAAUCUUGAACGCUACCAAAUCUUCAAUGAACUGAACAAAAGAACUGCAAUACUUAUGACAGAGGACAAUUGUUUCGUUUAUGCUUGCAUUCAGGCUGGAGUAAAUGAAGAAACUAUUGACCACAUGAGAGAAGUCAUUCGUGUUAGAGACUUUCCUCAAAGUAAAGUACAAGAAAUUUCUGACGCAACAGGUAUAGCAUUUAAUGUUACCAUUGGUUAUUUCAAUGACUCAAGACAUAAUGAAAUAAAGAGAUAUAUACCAAAAGAAUGCGAAACUGUUAGAACUAUUGACUUACUUCUU